CCUUCCGCAGAAAGGCCAUAGAGACCGGAAAGGGGAAGGCAGGAGCGUCCGGGAAGGAAGGAAGCAAGCAAGCGCGAGUGACGCUUGACGGCAGUGGCCCCGUCGUAAAAGCUCAGCAAGGACAGCUGAGGGAGGCAGAGGAGGCGCGCUGUUGUAGCCAUGCCAGUCUUCGACCUGCAGGAUCAGCUUGGCAUUGACAUCGACCGCUGGUUCUUGAUCCAAAGUGGCAAGCAGCCUUUCAAUAGGCCCAGUGUGUGCCAUGCCUUUGAGAAGGAGUGGCUGGAGUGCUCCGAGGGCAUUGGCCAGACGCGGGCCAAGAAGGAGUGCCGCCUGGAGAUGGAGGACCUGACCGAGUGCAUCAACAUGCACAAAAUGAUCAAACGCCUGGUAGCUAUCUCAAAACAGAGGGAGAAGCUGAUGAAGGAAGGGAAGUACACCCCACCUGACUUCCACAGUGGCAAACCAGAGACCCAGCCUUGAAAGCCUGCUGUUGGUUUCAGGGGUGGCAGAAGUUGUAAGCGCUGCCCAAUCUCUUUGGGACUCCUCUUUGGGGGUUUUAAUAGUUUGUCUUCUGUUGUAUUGGGUUAGAGGCUUUGACCAUUUCCCUGCAGCUUCGAUGCAAUGGCUGCUCAUGGGUCAAGUUCAGUUCUUGGCUUAAAUAAAUAUCCUAAUUUGAGUUUCAA